AUGCUUGUUCUCCGUUCUCCAUUCUCUGAUUCCACUACUCUUGACCAUAUUCUUGACGAACUCACUGGAUCGGUCCAUGUUCCUUAUUGGAGAGGUGCUGAUCAUAAUUCUUUCAACUUUUCCGAUAACAUUGGGGAGAUCGUCAACAAUGAUACCAAAUUCUCCGUUCAAGUCGACGUCUCUCACUUUAAACCAGAAGAUCUCAAAAUCCAAUUGGAUGGCAGAGAGCUGAAAAUCGAAGGAACGCAGGAGUCGAAAUCAGAGCAUGGAUACUCAAAGAGAUCGUUCUCUAAAAUGAUUCUUCUUCCUGAAGAUGCUGAUCUCACUUCUGUCCAAUCUGCUAUUUCAAACGAUGGAAAGCUGCAGAUCGAGGCACCAAAAAAGGCCAAUACUUCUCGCUCCAUUCCUAUCAAUUUUGUUGCUAAACAUUGA